AUGAGUGAACAAUUAAAACUUGAUGUUGAAUUAUCUCAUCCAAAUGUGCCUAAUUGCCGUUUUAUUAAAGAUGAUAUUAAUAAUCCAAUUCGUAAAGAUAAACGAACACGUGUAACAUCCGAUGGUACUCAUCAUACUAUUAUUAUUGAUGGUGUUUUACCAGUUGGUGAUAGUGGUAUAUAUGAAUUUAUUGGUCCAAAUGAUUCAUUACGAUCGACAUGUAAAGUUACUGUACAAGGACCACCAAGUAAAAUAACUCAACCAUUAAAAGAUAUAACUUUACAAGAAAAUCAAAAUUUAACACUUGAAGCACGUGUUGAUAAUGAACAUGCACCAGUUACAUGGUUUAUUAAUGGGAAAGAAAUUCCAUCAACAGGUGAAACACCACAUAUAACAAUAAUGUCGAAAGGACGACGUCAUACAUUAGUUGUACAAAAAGUGAAUGCUAAACAAGAUGCUGGACAAUAUGAAAUACGUACACCAGAUGAUGCUAGUUCAUGUCAAGUUACAAUUGAAGAAAUCGGUGCACCACCAGCUGAUUUUACUAAGAAACUAUCAAAUAUUGAAACAGAAGAAUUUCAAACAAUUGAAUUAAAAUGUGAAACAAAUCGAGAUAAUAUUCCUAUUGAAUGGUUAAAAGAUAAUCAAUUAAUUGAAUCGAAUGAACAUUAUACAAUAGAAAAUAAUGGAAUUACUCAUACAUUAAUUAUUCAUGAUAUAUUAAUAAAUGAUCAAGGUUCAUAUACAUGUAAAAUUAAAUCAAAUGGAAAAAUAACACAAGCGACAGUUAAAGUUAAAGAAAUGCCAGCUGAUUUUGUUCAUAAAAUUGAAUCUAUCGAUGCCAUUACAGGUGAUACAGUCACAUUUGAAUGUCAAUUAAAUAAACCAAAUAUAAAAGUUAAAUGGUUAAAAGACAAUAAACCAUUAACAUCGAAUGAUCGUAUUCAACCAUCAGUUGAUACAGAUAAUGCUCAUAUCCAUUUAUUAACAUUAAAAACAAUUGAUUUAAAAGAUGCUGGUACAUAUACAUGUGCAAUUGAUCAACCACAAGGUAAAAAAUGUACAGCACCAUUAACAGUUAAAUCAAUAACAGUGAAAUUAAUUGAACCAUUAAAAGAUUCAACAUUUACUGAAAAUGAAAGUUUAGUGUUGAAAUUUACUGUCUCACAUGAUUUAAAACAAAUUCCAGUCAUAUGGAAAUUUAAUAAUAAAGUCAUUGAAGCUGAUAAUGAACGUACACAAAUUGAACAAGAUGGUAAAGCUUAUUUUCUAACAAUAAAACAAAUACAAUUAAAUGAACAUGGUUCAUAUUCAGCUGAAAUACCCAUACAUAAAAUAACAACAACAUCACAAGUUAAAAUUAAACCGGAAGAUAUACAAAUUGUUAAAGAAUUACAUAUUGUACCUGAUGAUAAACAUCCAGAUAAUAUUCUUCUUGAAAUACAAUUAAAUAAACCAUUAUCAACUGAUUUAAUACUAUUAAAAAAUGGUAAAAAACCAACAAAAACAAUUCCAUGUGAAAAUUUUAAUAAUGGAAUAUAUCAAUUUACAUUAGAAAAUGUUAAACCAGAAGAUUCAGGUUUAUAUGAAGUUGUCAUUCGACCAAAUCUUAAAAGUUCAGUACAAGUUGAUAUUAAACCAAAAGAAGAUAAACAAGAAGAUUUAGAUUUUCUCGUACCAUUAAAAGAUAAAAUUGAAAUCAAUGAAAAUGAACCAAUUCAUCUUGAAGCUAAAUUAAAUCGUAAACCUGAUUCACCAAGUGAUAUUGUUUGGUUACGUAAUGGUAAACCUAUUCCAUCGUCGGUAAAAACAUCGAUCGAUGCAGAUUUUACAGUCACAUUAGAUAUUCCAGAAGGUAAUAUUGAGAAUGAUAGUGGUAAAUAUACUCUUAAAUUACCAAAUAAUAAACAAUGUUCAACACAAGUUAAUAUUCUAAAGAAAAUAACACAAAAAGAUAAAAAUGAAAUAAUUCAACCAUUACAUAUUAUUCUUGAUGAUAAUCAAGACAAAUUAAAAUUGAAUGAAAAAGUUACAUUAAGAUGUAAAACAUCAUUACCAGUUAAAGAAGUUGAAUGGUAUAAAGGUUCACGAAAGAUUUCAACACGUCGUGCAACUGUUUUAAGUACAGAAAAUUCAACACAACAUGAUUUAAUAAUAACAAAAUUAGAAGCUGAUGAUCUUGGACAAUAUCGUAUUGUACUUGAUACAAAUCUUGAAUCAUCGGUUGAUUUAGAUAUUCCACAAGAACUUAGUCCAAUUUAUAUUCAAGGUAAACCAAUUGAAGGUGAAACAAUAACACUAAUAUGUGAAACAACACUUCCACCUAAACAAAUUCAAUGGUCACCAAUUGUUGAUCGUAAACGUUAUGAUCAACAAGAUUUAGUAUUAAAAAUAAAAAAUUUAAAUCCGGAACAAGAUGCUAAAGUAUUUACAAUAGUUGUUGAUGGACAAAAACAAUCUUAUGAAUUAAUUAUUGAACCAUUACCAUAUAAAUUUCAAGGAGCAACAAUUGAAAUAAAUCCAAAAUUACCUAAAGAAGAUGAUAAUGUAACAUGUACAGUUACAUUAAAUAAACCAUUAAAAGAUCAAAGUGUUGAAUGGUAUUUAAAUGAUCAAUUAAUUGCUCCAAAUGAUCGUUUUGUUUUAUCAACAGAUGGACCACGUGCGAUAUUAACAAUUAAAAAAGUUCGUCCUGAAGAUGCUGGACAAUUAGAAUGUCGUAUACCAGCAACAAAUGAAAAAUUGACAGCAGAAUUAAAAGUUAAAGAAAAACCAUUAACGAUAUUAAAACCAUUAAAUUCUGAUAAAGAUAAACCAAUUGAAGGUGAUGAUGUAACAUUAUCAUGUCAAUUUUCACGAAAACCAAAACAAAUUGAAGUAUAUAAAGAUGGUAAAAUAGUUGAACUUGAUCAACAAUUAAAUGAUAUUGAUGCAACAUUUACAAUACGUUUACCAAAAACAAAACCAACUGACAAAGGAAAAUAUACAGUUACUGGUGAUGGAGUUGAAACAUCUUAUACAUUAAGAUUAGCACCAAAUCCAAUUAAAUUUCUUAAACAAUUAAAAUGGGAUAAAGAAUCACCAUAUGAAAAUGAAACUGUUCAAGCAACAUUUACACUUAGUCGAUUACCAGAUAAACCAAUGCAAUGGUAUAAAGGUAAAAUUGCUCUUCCAUUGGAAUCGACACCUAAAUAUGAAUAUACACAAAUUGAUUGUACAUUUACAUUAACAAUACCUUCAGUUGAAUUAAAAGAUGCUGAUACAUAUAGUGUUAAACUUCCUGAUGAAACACAAUCAUCAGCUCGUCUUAAAGUUCUUGAAACACCUGUUCAAAUUCUUGUACCAUUAACACUUGAACCAAAUGAACCAAUACUUGGUAAUGAAUUUACAUUAUCUAUAACAUUAAGUCAUGAUGUUAAAAACAAUGCUAAAUGGACAAAAGCUGGUAAAGAUUUAACAGCUAAACGUGAUACAAGAAUUACAUUUCAACAAGAACCUGAUGUUGAUAAUCAUGGUAUUAAAUAUUCCAUGACAGUGAAAAAUUCAAAACCAGAAGAUGAAGGUACAUAUCGUUUUGAAGUUGAAUCAAGUAAAAUUAGUGAAUCAAAAAUUGUUAAAUUAAUUGAACCAAAAAUUCUUAUUGUUAAAUGUGAUGAAACAUUGAACGGUAAAAUAGGUUCAUCAAUAACAUUAACAUGUGAAUUAAAUAUUCCACAAGGACAUGUUGUUUGGUAUCAUGAUGGAAUUAAAUUAACAUCAUCAGAUGCAACACCAUUAAAAUCAACUGGUUUAGUUGUUAAAAAUACUGACUGUGUACGAACAUUAACAAUAAAUUCAUUGAAAAAAGAUGAUUUUGGUUCAUAUAUAGUUAAAACAAAAGAUGAUAAACGUGAAAUACAAGUUAUACAAGCAACAGAUGAUGAUCAAUUAAAAGUACUUGAACAUCCACCAAAAGUACUUGAUCUUGAUCAAAAUGAUCAAUUAAUACUUACAAUUGUUACAAAUCGUAAAUGUUCAAUUGAAUUCACUAGAGAUGGUAAACCAUUACAAACAAUAGAAAAAUUUGAUAAAGAUAAAUCAAAAUAUUCAGUUACAUUUACUAUUGAUAAAGUUGAUUUUAAAGAUGAAGGUAUAUAUAAAUCAAAUAUAUCAGGUACAAAAUAUGAAUAUCAAACAGAAGUAAUGGUACAUGAUCCAUAUAAACGACAAAAAACUGAUGUUUUAGAAUCUGAAUUACCAUUAUUAUUUAUUAAAAAAUUAGAAGAUAUUAAAGUCAAUGAAGGUGAUGAAGUUAUACUUGAUUGUCAAGUUAAUCGUCAACCUAAAACAAAACCAACAUGGUAUCGAAAUGAAAAAGAACUUAUAAUUAAUGAUAAUAUUGAAAUUAUUCAAACAGAAGAUAAUCAUAUACAAUUAAAAAUACGUAAAACAUCAAUAGAUGAUCAUGCGGAAUAUACACUUAAUGUUGAAAAUCUUCGAGGACAUGCAUUUGUUGAUGUGUUGAGUGAUCGUGUUCGUUUUACUCAAAAAUUAUUUGAUACCGUUAUUAAAGUUGGUAAUCCAAUUGUUCUUGAAUGUAAAUUAUCUAAACCUGAUACACCAAUAACAUGGAAAUGUGAUGAUCAACCACUUGAUAGUAAACUCUGUAGUAUUGAUGGUCAUUUACAUACACUUCGUAUUCCAUCUGCUGAAUUGAAACAUAGUGGAAAAUAUUCUGCACAUUAUAAUGAUGAAAUCAAUACAUCAUGUACAGUAUCUGUUCAAACUGAACCUGUUUUUGCUCGUGAAUUAAUACCUGAAAUAACACUUAAAGUUGGUACAAAUCUUUUGCUUGAUGUUGCAACAACACGUCCAAAUAAAACAGUUCGAUGGUAUCGCAAUGGAACAUUAAUAGCUAAAACAGGUGAUACACGUCAUCGUUUUGCUGAUGAUAAAUAUGAUCAUUCAUUAAAACUUUCGAAAGUAACACAAGAAGAUGAUAAUGAUAUAUUAUAUGAAUGUGAAUGUGAUAAUGUUCGAACAAAAUGUCGUGUUUAUGUUCAAGUUGAACCAUUAGUCUUCUUUAAAGAUCUUAAAGAUAUUAAAUAUGAAUUAAGUGAUUGUCUUACAUUUAUUGUACGAAUGAAUAAACGUCCAUCAAAUGAUGCACAUUGGUUACACAAUGGACAACCAAUUGAAGUAUCAAAUCGUAUACAAAUUUCAUAUGAUGAUAAAGAACGUGAAGCUAAAUUAAUUAUUAAUGAUGCUAAUGAAAAUGAUCAAGGAAAAUAUAUGUAUGAUGCUAUUGAAGCACGUACAAGUUGUACAGCGGAUAUAAAAUUAAUUAAAAUUGAAUUUGUACAAGAAUUAAGAAAUCGUUCGGUUAAACAAGAUCAACCUGUACAAUUUGAAUGUGAAUUAAAUAAACCUGCAACAAAAGUUGUUUGGUUAUUAAAUGGACAAGUUAUAAAUGAUGAUGAUUCAAGAUUUGAAUUAACAGCAUCAUUAGGAAGAAAGAAACAUGUAUUAAAAAUUAAACAAACAUUAUUAUUCGAUGCUGGAAAUAUAACUGUUAAAAUUGAUGAUCAAAUUGAAUCAACUGCAACACUUGAAGUUAAAGGAAUACCAAUUGAAUUUAUUAAAAAUUUAACAGGUGCAAGAGUGAAUGAAAAUGAUACGGUCAAUUUUAUUUGUGAAUUAAAUAAACCAAAUAUUCAUGUUAAAUGGUUUCAUGAAGGAGAACCAAUUUCAAAUGAUGAACAUUACGAAAUUCGUAGUAAAGGAGCUAUACAUACAUUAAUCAUUCCUAAAGCUGCUUGGAAUGAUGGUGGAGAAUAUAAAUGUGUAGCUGAUGGUGGUGCAAAAACAAGUGCAUCAUUAGCUAUUAAAACUACACCUGUAACAUUUACAAAACUUCUUGAAGAAUGUGUGCGUAAUUUUGGUGAAUCUGUUGAAUUUACUUGUGAAACAUCGAAACCAUGUCGUGUAGAAUGGUUUGUUGGUGAUAAACGUCUUUCACCAUCACAAAUUGAUAUCCAAUCAAUUGAUAAUAAACAUACACUUCGUAUACCUAAAGUUAAAUUAACAGAUAAAGGAUGGUAUAAAUGUACUGUCCAAGAAGAAUUUACUGAAGCAAAAUUAACUGUUAUUGAUAUACCUGUUGAAUUAAUUGAACCAUUAACUGAUGUUAAUGUACAAGAAAAUGAAAAUGCCACAUUAGUUUGUCAAUUAUCUAAACCUGAUAUGGAUGUUAUUUGGUAUCAUAAUGAUCGACGAAUAUUUUUUACACCACAAUCACGUAUACGUGCUAAACAAAUUGAUUGUUACUAUAAAUUAUUAUUAGAUGAUAUUGAAUAUGAUGAUCAAGGUUUAUAUGAAAUGCGUUGUGAACAUAUAAAAACAUCAUGUCAUUUAAAAGUUAAAAAAAUUGAAACAACAUUUAUUGAUCAAUUAAAAAAUUUACAUGUUAAAGAAGGGAACACAGCACGUUUUCAAUGUCGUUUAUCAAAAUUAAGUUCUAAUGUUCAAUGGUUUAAAGAUGGUGUAAGAAUCUUACCAAGUGAUCGUGUUGUUUAUUCAAUCAAAGGUGAUCAAUUAACAUUAACUAUUCAUAAUACACAAAUUGAAGAUGAAGGAAAUUAUCGUUGUAUGAUUGAUAAUCAACAUACAGAUGCAACAUUAACUGUUGAACCAUUACCAGCUGUUUUCAUUAAAUAUUUACCUAAAACAUGGACUGUCUAUGGUGAUGAACCAUUUGAAUUAUCAUGUCAAAUAUCAAAACCAAAUGUUCGUGUUAUUUGGUUAAGAGAUGGUAUACCAAUCGGUGAUCAAGGUGAAGCAAAAAAUGAAGGUUUACGAUAUAGUCUUUAUAUUCCACAUAAUAUUCAAGCUGGUUUAUAUACAAUUCGUAUUGAUGAUGGUCAUGGACAAGAAAGUAAUUGUCAAUUAACAGUUGAAGAUUAUGCUGCAAAUGAACGAAAGAAACCACGUAUUAUUCGUGCACUUGAAGAUUUAAAUUUACAUGAAGGUGAUUCACUUGAUUUAAAUUGUCAAUUUGAAGGUGAAGAUGUUGAAGCAACAUGGUUUUUUAAUAGUGUUAUGUUACGUUCAAAUGUAUUUACAACAAUUAAUUUUAAAUCCAAUGAAUCAGCACAAUUAAAUAUGAAAGAAGUUUAUCUUGAAGAUGCUGGUUUAUAUAAAUUACGUUUGAAAAAUAAAUAUGGUGAAGUAUCAACAUCAUGUACAGUAUCUGUACGUCAACGUGAAUCAUUAACAGAUCAACGAAAUAAUGAACAUUUACCACCAAAAUUUAUUCAACCAAUCUCGGAUGUUUAUGUACAUCAAGGACAAGAAGCAAAUUUUCGUGCAAUUAUAUCUGGUCAACCAUCACCGAAAGUAACUUGGUAUUGUAAUUAUAAAAAAAUUGCUAAUAAUGAAAAAUAUCGUGUUACUCAAGAUAAAGAUAUAUAUGUAUUAGCUAUUUUACAAGUUAAUGAAAAUGAUGAAUGUGAAUAUACAUGUAAAGCUGAAAAUUCAGCUGGUGAUAAAACUUGUUCAGCUAAUUUACAUCUUAUUGAAACACCAGCUGGUUCAAAACCAUUAACAAGUGAAGAUAUAGCUCCAUCAUUUAUUCGUAAACUUCGAAAUUGUACAGUUAUUGAAGGACAACGUGCUAAAUUUGAUUGUUUUAUACAUGGUGAACCAAAUCCAACAGUACGUUGGUUACAUAAUGGUUUAUUAUUAGAUACUGAAGCAAAUAAAGAUAAAUAUUCAUCUCAAAUGCAAUCAAAUGGUAAAGUUAUAUUAACAAUUGAAGAUUGUUUACAAGAAGAUGCAGGAGAAAUAACAAUUAUUGUUGAAAAUCGUGCUGGUUCAACGCAAUGUUCAGCUGAAUUAACUGUUGAACCUCAUCAUGAAUCAAGUCGGUUAAAACGUCGUGUAAGUUUUGAUGUACCAGAUUUAUCAUCUAAAACAAGUAAACAAGGCUCAUUACCAUUACCACCAUCAAGAUUAUUAUUAACACCACAUACAAAAACAAGUUUAAAUCUAAGUUGGGAUCAUUCACCAUCACAUAAUCGAACACAACCAUGUACUUAUAUUGUUGAAUUAAGAGAUCCAAGAACUUAUUCUUGGUCAACAUAUGUAUCGUCAUUAGCAGAUACAAGUGUUCAAUUACUUUCUCUUAAUUUAAAUCAUAUUUAUGCUAUACGAGUACGUGCUGAAAAUGCAUUUGGUGUUAGUGAUCCAUCACAACCUGUUACAAGUCGUCUUUUAACUCGAACUGAUGAACGACAUAAAGAAGAUGAAGAACCCAUUAGUAAAACAAGACGAUUACCAAGUUCAACACUUGGCGAUUAUGGUACUCGACCAUCAUUACAAGUAGAUGGUCCUGAUAUUCAAUAUUUUCUUGAGGGUCAAAAUGUUCGUAUAACAAUGCUCCUUGUUGGUUAUCCAGUACCUGAUAUAAUUUGGUAUCAUGAUGGUGAAAAAAUAUCUUCUAAUGAUACACGUAUUAAAGCAUUUACUGAUCGUCGUGGUUAUGCUUAUCUUUCAAUUGAAUCCGCAUUAGCAUCUGAUGAAGGUGCAUAUGAAAUAGUUGCAGAAAAUAAAUAUGGUGCAGCUCGUCAUACAGUUUAUUUAUAUCUUGCUGAUCCGCCUGUAUUUCUUGAACCAUUACGAGAUGCACGUUGUCGUACACAAGAUACACUUCGUCUUGAAUGUAAAGUUGAUGGUAUACCAUAUCCUGAAGUACGUUUUUAUAAAGAUUGGCGUUUAUUAACUGAUUCAUAUCGUACACGUAUACGACAUAUUGAACCUGAUAUUUGGCAAUUAACAAUCUAUGGUGUUAUUGAAAAAGAUACUGGUUUAUAUACAUGUACAGCUAAGAAUAUUGCUGGUGCAACAUUAUCAUCAGCAAAUGUUAGUGUUGAAGAUAAUCUUUUAAGUAUUCCAAGACCAGAUUUAGAAAGAUCAAUAGUAACAUUUAAAAAGAAAAGAUUUGAUGAAGAUUAUGAUAUACUUGAAAGAAUUGAACAUGGACCUAUUUCAUCUGUAUAUAGAGUUAUUGAGAGAAGAACAGCAAAAGAACGUAUUGCGAAAGUUGUUCAUAAUCCAAAAUAUUUUGAUUGGUUAAGACGUGAAAUGGAUAUUUUAUCACAUUUAUAUGACUCAAAUAUUCCACGUUUACAUGAUGCUUAUGAAACAGAUAAAAUGCUUGCAAUUGUACUUGAUAAUAUUCCUGGAAAUAAUCUUCUUGAUAAUCUUCUAUAUCGUCGAACAUAUACAGAACAUGAUGUUUCUUUAAUUAUCCGUAAUCUUGUUGAUACUCUUAAACAUUUGCAUUCCAGAAAUAUUGCUCAUCUUGAUAUAAAACCCGAUAAUGUUUAUAUUGAUGAUCGACAUGAUCCAAUACGUGUACAAUUAUUAGGUUUUACCAAUGCACGUCAUUUAACAGGAACAACAAAUGUUUAUUCUGAUUAUGGUACACCAGAAUAUGUUGCACCUGAAAUAAUUCAUCGACAACCAGUUUCACUCAAUACGGAUAUGUGGAAUAUUGGUAUACUUACUUAUCUAUUACUUGGUGGUCAAACUCCAUUUAGUGGUACAAAUGAUUUUGAAACAUUACAAAAUAUUCGUAAUGGUCAUUGGACAUUUGGUGAUCGUUUUUCAAAUAUAUCACCGGAUGCAAAAGAUUUUAUUUCACGUUUACUUAUAUCUGAUCAACAAAAUCGUUUAACAUCUGAACAAGCAUUAAAUCAUCCAUGGCUUAAAUAUGCUUUACAACAAAUUGAUAAAGUUCCACUUUCAUCGGAUCGUUUACAAGGAGCUUAUUCAAGACAACUUUAUGAUCGUGAACAUCGACGUACAUCAACAAGACCAUUACCAACAAUUAGUGAUAUUGCUUCGAUGAAAGGUGAUAUUGGAAGUUAUAAUGAUGAAAAAGAAAGAACUUAUGAUGAUAAAUAUAUUCGUGCCAGAGCUAGACGAAUGUCAAGAGAAGUAUCAAUUGAUGAUCAUGAUCAUGGAAUUCAUCAUCAUCAAUCAAUUAUUGAAGAUGAAAAUUUAACACCUGGUUCUUAUCUUCUUCCAGUACAUGAUGUUGAUUUUGCUAUUCGUAUGCGUGGUUAUCGUCGAUCAAGUUAUCAAAAUCGUUAUACAUCAACUGAUUAUCUAUAUGCACCACCAGUUGCUCCAGUUGAACGUUUACUUGCUCGUGAUACAGUUAAAGAACGUCUUCAUGUCGAUGCUCAAGGACGACGUGUUCGAGGAUGUUCUGCCGUACCUCAUAGUGGUUGUUCAGCAUCACGUGAACUUAGUGUUCAACCAGGUGGUACACGAGGUAUAUCAGCAACACCAUCAUUUUAUGCACCAUAUGGACGAACAAGUGAAUCACCAGCACAUGGUUAUGGUUUAACAGCUAAAUAUGGAAGUAUAUCACGUUUAUCACCACAUCCUAUUGGUUCAAUAGCAGCAGGACAUGCACCAAGUAUUCCAAGAGAAUUUCAAGCACAAGGUUUUACACAACAAGAACAACGUACAUCGAGAGGAGGAGGUUAUGCUGCUGUUUUUAAAGAAAAAUUAGUUGAUACAUCAUUUUUAAUUGGUGGUACUGUUAUAUUAAGAUGUAAAGUUCAAGGAAGUCCAUUUCCACGUAUAUUUUGGUAUCGAAAUGAUGAAUUUAUUAUUGAAGAUGAUCGUAUACAAUUUGCUCAAGGUGAAGAUGGUCUUUGUACAUUAACAAUUACACAUUGUAAAGCAAGUGAUAUUGGUAUAUAUCGUUGUGUUGCAAGAAAUCUAUAUGGUGAUGCUUCAUGUAAAGCACGAUUAUUAAUUGGAGAUGUUCCUGAUCGACCACAACGUCCAAUUGUAAUUGAUGUCUCAUCCAAUCAAGCUUAUCUUGCCUGGAGUUCACCAUUAUAUGAUGGUAAUAAUGAAAUAAAUGGUUUCCGUGUUGAUUAUAAAGCACGUGAAGAUCUUAAAUGGACACAAUCAACAUUUACAAUUGAAGAAUCCGCAUUAAUAAGUGAUUUAAAACCAUCAACACAUUAUCGUUUUCGUGUAUCAUGUAUAAAUCGUAUGGGUAUAUCAGCAUAUUCAUGGGCAUCCGAAGAAAUUCGUACACUUGAUGAAAAUACUGAAAAUAAUUUAUUAUUAGCAAAAAUGGAUCGUUCAUCAACAUAUCGUUUACUUGAACAUCAACAUCGUUUAGAUGAAAAAUCUUCCAUUUCAAUUGAUAAUGUUUUACAUGAUUAUGAUAAACAAGAUAAAUUUAAAAGUUUAGGUGAAAAUACAGUCUUAAAACGUGAUCAAAAUCCAUGGGAUUUAUAUAAAUUAAUUGAUGAAUUAAGUAGUUAUGGUCGUACAUGUGUAAUACGUUGUUCGGAACGUGCAACAGAUAGUAUACGUAUUAUAAAAAUAACUGAUAAACAAGAUAAUGAAACAGAAGAAUUUAAUUUAUUAAAUCUUAUAUCACAUGAACAUAUAAUAACAAUGUUAGAUGCAUUUAUAUGGAAACAUUCAUUUAUAUUAGUUACAAAUGAUUAUAUUGAAUUAUGUGAUUGGAUUUGUUUAAGACAUAAAUAUAAUGAAGAAUUAGUUGUUAAAAUCUUACGACAAAUAUUAAAUGCAAUACAUUAUUUACAUUUUCAUGGUAUUAUACAUUUAAAUAUCAAUCCAUCAAGUGUUGUUAAUGAAAAUCGUCUUGCUGUACAUAUUAAAUUAACGGAUUUUAGUUGUGCACAACAAAUAGCAACUAUUGAUGGACAUAAUAUCAAUAAAGAAAAUAUACAACCAAAUAAAGAAUAUACAGCACCUGAAGUACUUCAAGAUGAACCAUGUGGUGUUCAAGCUGAUGUAUGGAGUAUUGGAGCAUUAACAGCGACGCUUUUAAGUGGAUUUUCACCGUUUGUUGGUGAGAAUAAUGAAGAAAUAAUUCAAAAUGUGACGUUUGUACGAUGGGAUACAAAUGAAUUUUAUGAUGAUGUAACACAAGAAGCUGUUAUUUUUGUACAACAGUGUCUUAAAAAAUCACCCAAAAAUCGUUUAACUAUUCCGGCUUGUAUUGAACAUAAAUGGCUUUCACUAGCAAGUGGAGCAACCAAUCGUCGUGAAAAUGCCAUAUUUUUAACUGAAAAACUUCGAAGAUUUGCACAUGAUUUUCGACAACGUUGUCGAUCACAUACCGAAAUACAACAAGACACAAUUAUUGAAAUAUCAAAACGAUAA